UGCCGGUCUUAUUGCGAAGAUUACUGAAGCGGCUGAAGAUGGCGCCCGUUAACUGUGCAGGACAGAAUCUGCAAAGGAGAGGGGGGUCGGUGACCCUGUGUGUGUAGAAAGUGCAGCAGAGAGGAGGAUACUGGCUAAAUAAAGGGUUAAAUAGAGACAAGAAGAGCAGGGGGAAGCUGUGUAAGUGGAUACUUUGUGUAACAUCCCUGUUUGUAGGGGGAGGCAGCUUUAUCCAUUCUUUUUCUAACUGCCGAUUCUUUUCUAACUGCCGACUGAUGGCCCACGGGCUAUUUCUAUUGGUCACCCACGGGCAACUGUAAAAUCUCUUUUCACUGGUGUCAGGGGGAAUCUCUGGGCUAAAACAUAUGGUGCAGCCUUCAGUAAAUAGAACUUGUGGCAGUUGUGAGAUUCAUACUGUAUAUCCGCCUCAGUCCUAUCCCUGACUCUUGUCUCACAGACUCCAGACACGAGAUAAAGCCCCGUAUGUCCUGCUGUACGGAAAGCAUUCUGAGCAUGUCCUAAACCGCUUUCCGUACUGCUCUGCGCCUCUCUCCCUCCUCUCGCUGCUUCUAACUGCUGCUGCGGGAAAUACCGCGAGAGGAGCCUAGCUCCCAUGAUGCUUUGCACUCCCGGCUCAGAUGAAAGUCCUGCGUGUGCUGCGGGGAUUUAGCCUCACAGAGGCCGGAAAUGGACUGAGGUGCCCAAGUGACUGAUCCACAGAAAUUUCCCAUCAAGAUAAAGGAAGAAAAAUGGACUCGGAAGGUCAUCUGAACCCAAGACAAAGCUCAUCAGUUGAUGUGGAUGCACAGACAGAAAUAUUAAAGAUGACCAUCAAAGAAGAACCUGAUGUAAAUGAAGAUUCACACCCAGUGGAGACUGUGAUCUGUACAGACGGGGCAGAUUGUCAAAAUGAAGAAGACAGCUGGGGCCCUAAAAAUUCCAAACCUUCGUUAAGACUCCGGAGCUCCCAACUGUCAGAUGCCAGGAAGAUGAUCCGAAGUUCUGGCGUGUUUCCAAGGCUGAUGCUGCACAAAUCAGUGGCUAGGUCUGAGAGGGAGGCUAGGGCGAGACUCGAGGAAGACUCCGCAAGCACCAACAUAUUGUGUUUUAUCUGCUGUAAAUGUGGAAAAGGCUUUCCUCUGAACAGUGAUCUACUCACCCACGACUGCACCCAUUCUACAAAUAAUAAUAAUAAUAACAAAGCCACCAAUAAACGCAAGAGAGGGCGCCCAAGGAAGAAUCCAGCUAAACCUACGGAAGCCCCCAAGAAGCAAAACAAUCGUAAACCUAGCAGCCUAGAAGCAGAGCAGGAGGUCAGUAAUGGUGAGAAGUCUUACACGUGUCCAAAAUGUGGUGAAGGCUUUUCUCUAAAGUCCGACUUUCUAUCGCACAAGAGGAGCCACAGAGCUGAAAAGCCUUAUAAAUGCAAAGAAUGCGGGAAGGGUUUCUCCCGCCAAAUCAGCCUUUUGUCCCACGAGUCGUUACACACCGGAGAGACGUCUUUCCCAUGCACUGAAUGCGGGAAAAUUUUCCCUCUAAUGAGAACCCUUCUGAACCACCAGAAAGUCCACCGAGGGGAGAGACCCUUCAUAUGCUCUAUCUGUGGGAAAGGCUUUACCCUCAAGUCCAGCCUCUCCGUUCACGAGAAGAUUCACACGGGGGAGAAACCGUUUGAGUGUAACGUGUGUGGCAAAUGUUUCGCUCUGAGAACGAUGCUCCACAAACAUCAGCGAAAUCACUCUGGAGAAAAGCGUUUUUCAUGCGCCGAAUGCGGGAAAAGCUUCUCUCACAAGAUCACUCUUCUGUCGCACGAGAGGAUACACACUGGGGAGAGACCUUUCACUUGCAACCAAUGUGGGAAAAGCUUCUCGCAGAAUGGUAACCUCUAUCACCACCAGAAAAUCCACUCGGGGGAGAAACCCUUCACCUGCUCAGAAUGCGGGAAGAGCUUUUUCCAGAAGAAUAAACUUCACCGGCAUCAGCUGAUACACACAGGGGAGAAGCCUUUUAAAUGCGCAGAGUGCGGUCGAGGCUUCUCCCAGAACGGCAACCUCCGUACCCACCAGAAAGUCCACACCAAGGAAAAGAGUUUCAUGUGCUGCGAAUGCGGCGAGAGGUUCUCUGCCAAGUGUAGCCUUGAGAAACAUGAGAGAAUUCACUCAAGCUAGAGACCUCUGUAUAGGCCAAGGCCCUUAUAGCAAUGGAUAAGCCUCAAAGAUGGAACGUUUGUUGAAGAACUAUUUGGCCAGAGUUUGUGGGACAUUCAUAUCAAGCUAAUCUCAUAGAUGCAUGUCCUGCAAACUGAAGGCUGCUUAGUUAUGCCCCUUUAAUUGCAUUUUGAUGGCGGUCUUAUCAUUUCUCUGGACGUGAGGUGGACACACAACCUUCGUAUUUGCCACGGCCUCACAAAUUCUCUGACUGGGCACUUGAAGACUGUGGAUGAUGAGAAGAUGAUUCUCAGAACUGGACCUGUUAUGGUAGGAGCUUACGAGUGGACCCCCGACAUGGCUCUCUUAAAGGGGAACUAUCGUGAAAAUGGAAAUUUAAUAUAAGCUUCCACAUACUGAAAUAGGAAACUUUCUAAAUACAAUCAAUUAAAAAUUCUGCAUCGUCUCUGAAAUAAUCAAGUU